AAGAGAGAAAAUCCUCGAUUCUGCCGGCAGGUGUCUUGGCUUGGCCUGCAUUUUGGACGGUGUCAACGAAGAAGGCGACGAAAGAGUAGUGAAUCUUUCCAUAAUCGAAAAAAUGGGAUCUAAAAGGUUGAAGCAGUUUCUCAAUUCGAGUGCUAGAAUCUUGGUGGCUGUUAAGGAAACUGGCGAGAUUCAUGGAAUUCUCAAGCUCUUGUUAUCCAAGUUUGCACAGAGGAAAGAUCACAUCACUUUCUUGCAUGUGUUUCAAAGCUCAGAGGACUUGCAAAGGUAUCAAGCUGGAUUAUCUUUCGACAGGGCCAUUUGUCAAGCUUUGCUUGACAUUCAUUUGAGAACUCCAAAGGUGACUGUUUCAUCAGUAGUAGUCCAGAGCUCAGAUAUUUGCAAUGGAAUCGUUCAAGAGGCCAGAAAAAUCAAAGCAACAUUGGUUGUUCUUGGGAAUUCGCAAAGGCAAUUUAUUUCCAGGACCAUGAGCAAAAUUGGAAAAACUUGUGUAAGAAAUUUACCUUCCUACUGUUCUGUCAUGGUCGUUCGCAAGGGAAAAGUGAUGCAAGUCAAAUCUGGUUGUGCUAAUUGCAAAGAUCACACACUAAAAUCCUUACUUCAAAAGGAGAAUAAGUUGGAAAAGGAAGAGAGCCAAAACUCAAGACGGAGUAGCGGAGCAUCAUCAAGCUCAUGUUCUAUGGAAACAGUCUUGAGUUUCUCAGCUGAUAUAAGUUCUGAUUUAUCAUGGUCCUCAGAAUCAGGCUCACCCACCACGGUGCUUAAAGACCGAACUCUCUCAAGAAAUCCAAAAUCAGAAAAUGUAUCUGUCAAAGAAUUCUCAUACGAGGAGUUGCUCCAAGCCACUGGACACUUUGCAAUGGAAAACUUGGUUGGAAGUGGGGGUUGUUCUCAUGUUUACAAGGCAACUCUUCAACAUGGAACCAUUGUUGCGGUGAAACAUUUGCUAAAUAGCAACUCCGGUCAACGAGAAUUCUCAAGAGAAAUCAAGUUCAUAUCUUACAUUCGUCACCAGAACCUGGUAUCGCUUAUUGGCUUCUGUUCUGAAGGAACACACAGGCUGCUGGUCUACAAGUUUUUGCAAAAUGGGAGCCUUCAAGAUCAUCUUUAUGGUAAAAGAAAGGUAUUAAGCUGGAAAAAGAGACAAAAAGUAGCACUUGGAGCUGGAAGAGGCCUUCACCACCUUCAUAAUCUUGCUCCUCAUCAUAUAAUCCAUCAAGAUGUGAAGAGUUCCAACAUAUUGCUCUCUCAUGACUUUGAUGCACAAAUCUCAGAUUUUGGCUUUGCAAGAUGGAGUAACGAGGCAACCAGUGGACUCGUUGGAACUUUUGGUUAUAUGGCUCCAGAGUACAUGGUUCAUGGAUAUGGCAAUGAAAAAACGGAUGUUCAUGCAUUUGGAGUGGUGCUCUUAGAGCUAAUUUCUGGAAGAGCUCCCAUUGAUUUCACACUUACAUCAAAAGAGCAAAGCUUGGUACAUUGGGCACAUUUUCUUGAGAAAACCGGUGCUACUCAUGAGCUGGUGGAUCCAAAUUUGACAAUUCUCAAUGCCCAUGAGAUGAGAAGAAUGAUGUACACAGCAUUUUUGUGUGUGCGAAGAGCGCCAGAUGAAAGGCCCAACAUGGAACGAGUGGUAAAUUUGCUGGAUGCUAAAAUGGAUUGCAGAGAACCUUUGCUCUCGAGAUAUCAAAACUCGACUUCAUAUUAAAUGAAAAUUGAUCGCACCAUAAA